AUGUCAUUGCAUCGCGAGCUAAUUGUCGCAACUGAAGCCGUGCGCAAGGCCUCGCUGCUAACGAAGCGCAUUCAGUCCCGAGUUAUUGCUAACGAGGACUCGACCAUAACCAAAACGGACAACUCACCAGUGACCAUUGGUGACUUUUCUGCUCAGGCGAUCAUCAUCAAUGCGAUCAAGGCAAAUUUCCCAGAAGAUUUUAUCGUGGGAGAGGAGUCUACGGAAGGAAUCGAAGACAGCUUCGUGUCUCACAUACUCCAAGAGAUCCGUGACAACGACACUGACUUCGAAACUGCAUUUGGAGACCGCACCGAAAUAGUGUUCCGCAGUGCAGACUACCCGCUAAAUUCGGUUGCCACUGUGAAGAAAGCCAUCGACUGCGGCGACUACGAGGGCGGGUCAAAGGGCCGGUUCUGGUGUCUGGACCCGAUCGACGGAACGAAGGGAUUCCUACGAGGCGACCAAUUUGCCGUGUGUCUCGCGCUGGUGGUCGACGGCGUGGUGCAGUUGGGCUGCAUAGGUUGCCCUAACUUGCAAUUGAAGAAAUAUGGCGGACAAGACGAACCCGAUGCUAGCAAAUGCGGCUACAUUUUCCGCGCCAUCAAAGAGGGCGGUGCUUUCUACUCUCCUACGGCUUGCGAGAGUUGGAAACCAGUUCAUGUGCGCAAAUUAGGCUCUACUAGCAGAGCGGUCUCCCUGGAAGGCGUUGAAGCGUCUCACUCGUCGCACGACGAGCAAUCUGUCAUCAAAUCGAAGCUGGGAGUUUCUCGCUCCCAGCACCUCGACUCCCAGGUCAAAUACUGCCUACUUGCGAUGGGACUCGGCGAUCUCUACCUCAGACUUCCCCUCAAGCUAUCUUAUCGCGAAAAAAUCUGGGAUCACGCUGCUGGAAACAUAAUCGUGAAAGAGGCUGGUGGAGUCCACACAGAUGCCAUAGACAACGUACCACUAGACUUUGGCCGGGGUAGAACCCUCUCUACUAAAGGUGUCAUAGCUUCCUGUGGUCCACGUGACCUCCACGAUCUAGUUCUCAAGGUCUCGUCUGAAGUUAUCAGAUCCAGAAAUUGA